AAGUUUGCUUUGCAUAUCAAUGCUUCAGUCUUUCAGACUAGUUUCUCUCUCGUCUUCUCGUAAACCCACUGGCCACUACAACCCAAUAACAAAAGAGCUCGCCAUUUCUGUAACUACUCAAAUUUACUCUUACCUCUCUCGAUUAAUUUCAUUAUUCUUCAGCAACUUUUUUGGGGAAAUUAGAUAGAAAGGUAUUAAUGGCAUUGAGAGUAGGAAUACAAAGAAAUUUUGAAAGAAAAGCUGAUGGAUUUCUGCAUACUUUCAGAAGAUUAACUCAUGCUUUUGCACUUUCUCCAUCAUUCACCAAUUCAAUCGACCCAAUUUCAUCUCCCCCUUUAAUUCUACCCGAAACAGAUACAGAAACCGAUUUCUCCUGCCAAUUUCCGGGUUUUUCUCCUGGCGGCGGAUCCCUUGACCUCAUGGCUGUUCCCAAAAAGAGGGUUUCACGUCACAAGAGAGGCAUUAGAAAUGGGCCAAAGGCUUUGAAGCCUACUCCUGUUAUAGUCCGAUGCAAGGCUUGUGGUCGUGUGAAAUUGCCACAUUUCUACUGUUGCAGUGGCCGCAUGGAUCCUGGUGAGAGAAGCGAUGCAACCAAUUGAUUGAGCUCUUUGCUUUUAGAAUUAUAGUUUCCUUCCAACCCUCCUCCCCUCUCUUGAGUGAAACUUGGAUUUGCUCGAGGCUAAUGUGCAUGGAAAUGAUGUUGCAUAUACUUAAUUUACUUUUGGGUAUUCCUUUUUUGGUACUCUAAUGAAAAUUACCUGAGUGCACCACUCUUAUUCA